AUGGCUUCUGCUGCAGCUGCUGCUCCAGUUGUUGUUACUCUGGUUGCUGCUGCCGCUGCUGCUCUGGUUGCUGCUGCAGCUGCUGCUCCAGUUGCCGCUCCGCUUGCUAUUGCAGCUGUUCCUCCGGCUACAGCUCCAGUUGCUGCUGCAAUUCUUGCUUCGGUUGCAGCUGCUGCUCCAGUUGCAACACUUGCUCCGGUUGCAGCUGCUGCUCCGGUUGCAACUGUUGCUCCGGUUGCUGCUGUAGCUGCUGCUCUGGUUGCUGCUGCAGUAGCUGCUCCGGUUGCUGCUGCAGAUGCUGCUCCGGUUGCUGCUGCAGCUGCUGCUCCAAUUUCUGCUGCAGCUGCUGCUCCAGUUGCUGCUGCAGCUGCUGCUCCAGUUGCUACUGAAGCUGCUGCUCCAGUUGCUGCUGAGGCUGCUGCUCCAGUUCCUGCUGCAGUUCCUGCUGCAGCUGCUGCUCCAGUUCCUGCUCCAGUUGCUGCUGCUGCUGCUCCUCCAUCUCUCAUUUUCUUCACUCCCUCUCUCCCUCCCGUGUGUAUUUGCUUACUGUUUGUAUGAUUAAUGUUUUGAUCAAAAAAGUAUAUAGCAGCCCAACCUCACUUUGACUUUGAUUUCAAUGGUGCCAUUCGACUUUGUUGUCGAGUUUCAGUAGCGUUACCAAGGUGUACAUAAGAGGCAUCUCAGGGUGACUGAUCUUAAGUUGCCGGCGGUUGUAAGCUUGUUAGUACUAUGUUGUUGGUUUGUGUUAAAAAUUGCUUGAACGCUGGUACAAGAACAAGUUAUAAACGUGGUGUGAACAGAAAGCGAUGUAAAUUUAGUAUUCUGACCAUACUUGCAAGGCUAUGAUUGUAAGAUUACCAUACGUAUUUUGGUAAUUAACCCAAGCGUAAGGGUACUAAUCAAGGGUUUCAACUAUAAGUGAGCAAGUUUGCCGAUGAUAGCUAUAAUGUAAUGUUUGAGCAAUUUCGAAAGGCUGUGUAGCUAUGUAGCCUAUCAUAGAUUGGCAUUAAGUUGUAAGUUUAUUACUAAUGUAACCUAGCCUGGAUUUCAAGAUUAACCCAGCAAGGUGAUGCAUUGAGGUUCUCAGGUUAUUGUUUUACUGUAGCCAAUGUUCGGAAGUGGCAAAACUGUGAGUCAAUGUUAAGAGUAGUAUUGUGUCCAGUGUGGUGGAUCCAGUGAAAGAAGCAAUGGUGUGCAGUGAAAGAUUCGGACCACUAUGAAGUACCUGUCCUCUUGUAUGUGAUAUUAAAUAUUAAGAUAAAUGUACACAUAUGUAAUAAUUAAGUACAGUUGAGGAGCAUAAGAUUAUGCAGUGGCAGUUACUCUUAAGAAAAAAAAAAAAAGGAAAAUAAAACUUGGAUAUCGGGUACAGAAUUUUAAGCACUUUAUUUUAUGGGAGAUGAUCGUUUCUUUAAUUUUUUUUUCCUGAAUGCAAGGAUUAAAUAGCCAUUUUCUUGUCAUGUUUAUAAUUAGCUACUGUGUAUUGUUUAUUUUUUUGUUAUAUUUCAUUCAUUGAUGGCAUGUAGAAUGUUUGGAGAUGUAAGGCGACUAGUGGCCCAGCUUAGCAAGAUGGUGUUCAGUGUGUCCUACACAGUGUGUCCUACACAGUGUGUCCUACACAGUGUGUCCUACACAGUGUGUCCUACACAGUGUGUCCUACACAGUGUGUCCUACACAGUGUGUCCUACACAGCGUGUCCUACACAGUGUGUCCUACACAGUUCUGACUCUGGCACCGUCUUGUGGUCUACACUAAAUGUCUCACAACCAAGUAGGGUUGAUCUUGUUUUUAGGGAAAACAGACACAACGAUUCUUAUGUUCAUAAUGAUUGUCAUUUACGAUUCCUGGUUGUUCAGUAUUUGGUUUUAUAUUGUUAAAUUUUCUAGGAUACGUGGCAUUAAAAAGUCAUUAUGAAGAACUUUGCCUAAAAUGUAAUAAACAUGAUAUUAAAUUUUCAAGUUGAAAGGUGGUGACAUAGAAUAUUAAUAUUAAAAAGAAAUAUAGGUACCGUAAACUGAUUAACCAAAGAUAUUUUGUGUAAUGAAUUUAACACGAAUGUAAUUAGUAUACAAGGUAUAGUUGUUUAAUGAAAAAUAUAUAGCAUAAGACUUCAUUUAUGUUUAUAACA